AUGAGCGACUCGGUUGAGGAAGAGAAGAAGAUCGGCUUUGACGCCAUCGUCGCCGCAGACCUUGCUGGCACCAGCCACCGGAGCUCGGCCGAUAACGAUGUCUACGGCGAGGCUUCCGCACCGAGAAAUUGCUUCACCCUCUUUCUCGCCCGCUUGCGCUCCUAUGAGGCAUGGCUCGACCGCCUGCUCGGUGUCGAGGCCGAGGGCAUUGCACGUCGCCGGCCUGAGGAUCGCGACCCCAAGUACGCCCGCUGGUCCAACCAGAUCGUCAUGUUCAUGCUCUGGAUGAGCACCACGAUGAACCUCAGCUGCUUCACCUCUGGCUUCCUCGGCUGGGAGCUUGGCCUCGACCUCGGCCGUUCCGUCACUAUCAUCAUCUUCGCCACCCUCAUCGGCAGCGCCAUCACCGGCUGGUGCGCCACCAUGGGUCCCGGCAUGGGCCUGCGUCAAGUCUCCAUCUCACGCUACUCGCUCGGCUGGUGGCCCUCCAAGGUCGUUGCUGCCCUCAACGUCGUCGAGCAGGUCGGUUGGUCCUCCGUCGGCUGCAUCACCGGUGGUGUCGCCCUCUCUGCCGUGUCCGACGGCCAUGUCAGCUCGUCCCUCGGCGUCGUCAUUGCUGCUGUCAUCGGCUUCGCAAUCUCCUUUGUCGGCCUGCGUGCCGUCUUCACCUACGAGAAGUUUGCCGGCAUCGUCCUCUUCAUCGUCUUCAUCGUCAUGUACGGCGAGGUCGGCGGCUCUGGCGACUCCGUCACUCCCACCCUGCUCACCGGAGCCACCCUUUCUGGCAACGCCCUCAGCCUCUUCGCCGCCAUUUACGGCUCCUCUGCCUCUUGGUGCUCCAUCGUGGCCGACUACUAUGUCGAGUACCCGGUCAAUACUUCCAAGCUCAAGGUCUUCCUUAUGACCACUGCCGGCAUUUGUCUGCCGACCUGUUUCGGCAUGUGCCUCGGUGCCACUGUCGGCUCUGCCCUUGCCCACCACCAGGACUGGUCGGAUGCCUACGAUCACAGCGUCGGCUUCCUUAUCGCCACCAUGAUUCACCCCGUCGGCUUCGCCAAGUUCCUGCUCGUCCUGCUGGCUCUCUCUGGCAUCGCCAUGAACGCCGUCGCCCUCUACAGCGCCGGCCUGUCUGUCCAGCAGUUUGCCCGCCCCUUGGGUGCCGUUCCCCGCUUCGUCUGGACCACCAUCAUGUUUGCCGCUGUCAUUCUGCUUUCUCUGGUUGGCCGCAACAAGCUGCUCACCUUUUUGCAGAACUUUUUGUCUCUGCUUGGCUAUUGGAACACCUCCUUCUUUGUCAUCCUUUUCGUCGAGCACUACUUCUUCCGACAUGGCUUCACCCGCGGCUUUGACGAGUACAACCUCGAGGCCUGGAACAGUCCCAGUCUUAUGCCCGUUGGCUAUGCUGGAGGUCUCGCUUUUGCUGCUGGAAUCGCUGGUUGCGUUGUCGGUAUGAGCGAGUCGUGGUACGUCGGCGUACUUGCACGUCUAAUUGGCGACGACGGCGGCGAUAUUGGAAAUCAGCUUGCUUUGGCUUUCUCCUUUGUCGUAUACGUACCUGCGCGCUGGGCCGAGUACAAAGUUAUCGGUCGGCCGACCUUGAUUGCGACGGAAAUUCCUGUGGCGAUGGACGCACCCAUGAAGUUUGACAACGUUGACAUGGCCGCGAUGAUGGACACGGGCAGACUCCACCAUCGAGAAAAGAGUACGAUGGGCGUUGCAAGAAGCAAUAUGCAGUCGAGGAUGGCUCCGACAAAGAGGGUGCCGAACAUGACUUUGGACGUGAUACGAAGAGCCUUUAGCAUUGCUACUGCCGUUGACGGAAGAAUGAUUUUGGAGCUCUGGAGAAGCUCAUCCAGAAACACUUGCUGGGGGUUAAACCAGAAGAAGAUCCGUGGACGGGCACAGCUGGCGACGCCGGUGUCAAAAUAG